UGCCGCCUACGCUCGCUCCCGCCUUGGGACUCGAGUCCGGGUCCGCGCGGGAGCGCCAUGAGCGCGCGCCCGGGCCAGUGACCCUCUCGGGGAUGGACUGCGGCUCGGUCGCGGGGGAGAGACCGAAGCACUCGCUGAGCCGCCGGCGGCUCCUGCUCUUCCUGCCCUCGGGCCGCGGCGGAAGCCUGGGCGGCCGCGGAACCCCCACACGCCGCUGCGUUUCCCCGCUGCCGUGCGGGCUGGGGUCGCUGCGGCCCCGCGUCGCGGGGGCCCGCGGGGGCGCGUCACGUGCGGCCCCGCUGCUCCUCCUCCUGCUCGUGCCCUCCCCGCGGCUGGUCGCCGCCGCCCCGCGCAGGCCCCUGGCCGACUGGGGGCGCUCGCGUCCUGGCCCCGCCGUCCCCGCGGCCGGGCGCGGCGGCGCGUGGAGGUGCGCGCUGGGCCGCGCGGGCGCGGGUGGCGCCCUCCACCUGGGCCGCGGCGUGGCGGCCGCGCUGGCUUCCUGCAGGAGAGAGCUGAGCCUGUCUGCGGGGUGCCUGCAGCUGGAGCACAGGAGGACCCAGUUCACCUCCUCUGGGAUUAGGAAGCUCUACUUUGACACCCAUGCCGUGGUGUGCCUGCUGGAAGAAAACGGUUUUACUACUCAACAAGCAGAAAUCAUUGUCUCUGCACUGGUCAAGAUCAUGGAGACCAAUAUGAACAUCGUCUACAAAGACAUGGUCACCAAGGUCCAGCAGGAGAUCACUCUUCAACAAAUAAUGUCUAAGAUUGCUAAUGUGAAAAAGGAUAUGAUCAUUUUGGAGAAGAGUGAAUUUUCAGCUCUCAGAGCAGAAAAUGAGAAAAUAGAACUUGAACUACAUCAAUUAAAGCAACAAGUAAUGGAUGAAAUGAUCAAAGUCCGGACAGAUACCAAAUUAGACUUCAAUCUGGAAAAAAGCAGAGUAAAAGAAUUGUACACACUGAACGAAAGGAAGCUGCUGGAAUUGAGGACAGAAAUCAUGGAAUUGCAUGCCCAGCAGGAUCGUGCCCUGACGCAGACAGAUAGGAAGAUAGAAACAGAGGUGGCUGGCCUCAAAACCAUGCUUGAGUCGCACAAGCUCGACACCAUCAAGUAUCUAGCAGGGUCUGUAUUUACAUGCCUGACAGUAGCUCUGGGAUUUUAUCGCCUGUGGAUGUAAUAAAGAGGACUUGGGGUCUUCAUUGAAAGGGGACUGUGGCUAUAARUGCUGAAGAAUCGUUGACUCCAACCCUGAGCGCCCACUCCUCACCCACCCUCCCCUCACAGCUCCCGGCCCCAGCGCUGCCUCUGCUGGGCUGGUUCUGGUGAAUACAGCUGUACUUCUGCUCCUAAAGAGUGCUCGCUGCCGACUCCGUUGUCUUAGUAAGUUACUGUUAUGUUAUUUUUAAUGUGCCUUCCAGCUAGAAAAUCUUGCUGCCUAAUGAAGCGUUGUAAUUGUAAUGGGAACUCUUGCUGCUUAGGAUGCUAGAUCCCCCUCGUGUCUUGAACUGUAAUGAUGCUCUGCUGAGGCCCUGCCACCCAGAGGACCCCUCCUCCUCGGCCUGGUCAGCUGCAGUGUGCGCUUCAGCCUGGUUCCUCCUCAUCCGCAUUUUCGUUUUCUACAGGGGAGCACUCGGCUCCCUCCUGCAGGCUGUCUAGACAUCUGGCUGUCCUGUCGCUCUGAUGAGGAAGCCCCCGCCUGUCCGCGUGCUGCCUGUGACCAGCUCAGCUGUGCCUUCCGAGUGAGGACUGGCUUCUGUGACUGAGACAUCCUCAGGCCUACCUACCUCUGCAUUUGAAACAAACAAAUCCUAGGUGCAACGGGGGUUAUUUUAAAGAAGUACCUUUUGUGCUUAUUGAAACAACAGACUUGGGGGCAAGAAUAAGCAUUUUGGAGCCUGGUGUGGCACCUCACACCUGUAAUCCCAGCGGCUCGCAGGAGGAUCCCGAGUCCAAAGCCAGCCUCCUCAAAGGCGAGGUGCUUA